AUGAAAACAAAUAUAGACAGCACUGUGAGGUCCCGGGAGCGGCUUGGAGCCCCGCCUUCAUCCGGAGGUCUCUCCUCGGGUCGGCCAAGCAGCCUGAGGCUCCUCGGCUGUGUUCCAGUUCCUGUCCACGGCCUGGAGAGUCCUGGUCAGUUCAGCGACUACAGGGUAGAGAAUGGGAAAUACAUUAUCGACCCCUGGGUGUUCACUGACAGAAUGGGGAUGUACAGAGUCCUGCUGAAUAAGACAGCCACCUAUUUUGCAAAAUUUGGACCAGAAAAUGAACAAAACAUUUUAUGGGGACUGCCUCUUCAGCAUGGCUGGCAAUACAGUUCAGGUAGACUAGCUGACCCCGGGAGAAGGACAAACUGUGGCUAUGAAUCUGACCCCCUCUGCAUUUCUAUAGACAGUUGGUGGGCUGAUAUGAAUUAUUUCCUGAGCGUACUACCUUUCCUUGCUGCCCUCGAUUCUGGCAUAAUGGGCACAUCACCAGACCAAGUCACGCUUCUGCCUCCACCCAGGGACCAGACGCGGUUUUGCUAUGAUGUUUCUGGCUGUCGUUCCUCCUUCCCUGAGACAAUUAGGAAGUGGAAAAUGUUUUUCCAGUAUCUGCAGACACCUUUGAGCACCUUUGAAGGGCUGUUGAAAUACUCAUGGAAUGCACAUACUGCAUCCUUGAAAGAUCCUAUUAAAAUUUUUGAAGAUAGGUUUAUGUAUUAUUCUAAAGAAGAAGAAAAUUUGGGGGUGAACUGGGCUAUUACUGUGAAUUAUUUAGCUGCCUCUCAAUUUCCUACCACGUUGAUUAGAGCAUAUACGUUCCAGAAGGGCCUCCCACCAAGAAUCCUGAACAGUACUGACAUAGCCCCCUUCAUCAGUAACUUCACUGAGCUUCAGAACAUCAUCGUGGUGGCUCUAAAUAUUAUUGGUGACAUGAAUAGAGUCACAGGUUCCUUAACUUUGAGUAUAUGGAAAAUUUUAAUGAUGACACAAGCUGCAAGGAAAGGAUUUCUGGAGUUCUUUGAAACGGUCUUCCAAAGUGUAGGUGAAGUGUCCACAAUCCUAAAACUCUUGCAUUUUGAAUGGUAUGAAACUAGCACCAUGUGGCUGAUGCCAAGAUCUGUCACCAUCUCUAGCAGUAGCUCGCCCCGCUUGGACCAUGGCUACAGUGACCACUCAGUGCCUGGAGAGCUGAAUUGA